UUCCUUUUCCUCCACACAAAAUAAAAAACGAAACAAAAAAUUUUAAACAAAAAUGAAACAAAAUCACCAAAGUUUUCCUCCUCUCCUUCUGUCGCUGGUGAAAUCUCCGAUAUAUAUAGGUCUGAUUGCGUAUAUAUACUCUCACAGAGAAACAAGUAAGAACAAAAGAGAAGAGAAAGAAACCCAUCAUAGGACAUAGUCAUAUAUUGCCAUGGCUAUUGCUGCUCCUGCUGCUUCGCCUUCCAUUCGCAUAAGCCAUCGAAGUUCUUUAUUCCCGAAUUGCCCUUCUGUUUCUUGGAAAUCCCAGUAUCGUCCUCACUCUGUCGUGCUUUCUAGUAGAAUCAGAGCAAGCUCCAGUCUUGCUGUUGAACCGGAGUUAAGUACUCAAGCUCAAACAAGUACAGAUGUUGAAUUGUUUGCAUGCCCAGUUUGUUAUGAACCGCUAAUAAGAAAAGGUCCUUCGGGUUUUAAUUUACCAGCAAUCUAUAGAUCUGGAUUCAAAUGCAAGAAGUGUAACAAGACAUAUUCGAGUAAAAAUAUCUAUGUCGAUCUUACUGUUACUGCUGGAACAAAGGAGUACAAUGAAUUUAAACCCGCUAGAACUGAGCUAUUCAGGAGUCCGCUUGUUUCCUUCUUGUAUGAGAGAGGCUGGCGUCAAAAUUUUAACCGGAGCGGUUUUCCAGGUCCCGAUGAAGAGUUUCAAAUGGCUCAGGAAUACUUUAAAGCAGUUCAAGGUGGUAUUCUUGUAGAUGUAAGCUGUGGCAGUGGAUUGUUCUCCCGGAAAUUUGCAAAGUCAGGCGACUAUUCAAGAGUCAUUGCACUGGAUUUUUCUGAAAAUAUGCUGCGCCAGUGUUACGACUUCAUCAAGAACGAUGAAAGUAUUCUAAACUCGAAUCUUGCACUUGUGAGGGCAGAUGUUUCCCGAUUACCUUUCUCAUCUGGAUCAGUUGAUGCUGUUCAUGCUGGUGCAGCGUUGCAUUGUUGGCCAUCACCAUCAAAUGCAAUUGCUGAAAUCAACCGUAUCUUGCGUAGUGGGGGUGUGUUUGUGGGAACUACUUUUCUUCGAUUCCGUCAAUCUACUCCUGCAAUACUAAGGCCAUUAAGAGAGUUGAAUUUGGAAGCAGAGGGCUUUGCAAGGCUACAGCUACCUUACUGAGGAGGAGAUUGAAGACUUGUGCAAAUCUUGUGGCCUUGUCAAUUUUUCCAAGAAAGUCCAAGAAUCCUUCAUCAUGUUUUCUGCUCAAAAACCAUAAUCUUGUUUUCUCUUGUUUCAUCUUUUUGUCUCUUGUAUACCUUGUUCUUUUAAUGUUACAUCCACUUUGUAAGAAGCAAAUAAUAUAAUUAAAUACAGGAAAUGUUAUAAUGGCUUAGGGCAUCAUGUCUUCACCUUUUUUUUUUUUAUUUUUACGGGUGAUGUGGAAAACUCAAAGUCAUUAUCUGAAAGUGUGCGUGCAUUAGGUAUAUUUUACUCCUAUGUAAUAGAGAAGUAAACUACAAUAAUUAAACUCGUGGUUUUAUGUACAA